AAAACAUUUUUGACAAGAACUGACUAUUUGUAGCUUUCAUAAAUAUUAAAAAUUAUUUUUUAAUAAUAUAAUAUACUAAGUAUAUCGAAUUAUAUAUUUAAGAAUACUAAAAAUAUGUAAAUAAGUAACGAAUUAAAUUUAAAUAAAUUUAGUCAUACUUGAGUAGUUACAUAGGGACUGCACAUUGCCAGUGAAUUGUUUAAGUAAACAAAUAUGUAUUUGAAUUUAAUGCUUAUACAUAUGAGUACAUGGAUAUAAAAUAUAUAUAGAAUAGAUUGAGUCAUAAAAAGUACAUCUAGAUGAAAACAUUCAAGUUUUCUUUACUUUUAUUUUUUCAGUAACUGAGUGAUCAUUAAAAAAUAAAUUAAAAAUUUUUAAACAUUAAUUUAAAAAUUAGCAGAUGUCAAAUUAAUUAAAUACAUUUUAUAUUUAAUAAAAGUAAUAUAACGUAAGUGGACAUCAGUGACAUAAUUUUUUAUCCAUAAUUUUAAAAAGUUUGGCCUUCGAAGGUUAUAUGGACAUGACUGCGUUCGUCAGCAAAAUACUGGGGUUUAAAUCCCAGCGUGUUCCUUUUGAAGAAAGUGAAAACAAUGGCUUAGUAUUGUCAGACAAAUACAUUCCUGAAGAAUUACUGGGAGAGUUAUUUUGUUACGUUGACUGCAAGUCGCUUUUGAAUUGUCAGCUGGUUUGCAAAAGAUGGAAAGAUCUUAUCCAGGAAUACGUGUGGAGAAAAAAAGCGGAGCUAAUAUUCGGUCAAUCGCUCCAGUGUUUAAAGAGCUAUGAAUUGCCUUGGACAGUUUAUUAUAAGAUUUGUAAAAAAAAUCCCUUUGAACGUAACUUGCUGAAGAAUCAUUCUGGUCAAGAAGGAUUGAAGAAGCACUGGGUUAUUUCGCGACAGGGUGGCGAUCAUUGGAGAAUCGAGAAGCCACCAGUUGGUGUUCCACCUCUGCCAGACGAUCCUGUUUUUGAAGGAAAAAAUUCAUGUUUCGUGACGUCCUACAGUUUGUGUUCUAAAAGACAAAUUGUUGAUCUUAUUGCUGAAGGAUUAUCUGAUGUCCUUCUUGAUACUUUCCAACCACCUAUUCAGGUUGGCGAGUGGUACAGUUGUCGUUGGGAUUGUCCAGCAAAAUAUGACUGUCAUGUAUCAUUACUUGAUGAAAAUGACAAGGAGUUAGAAGUCUAUGUAUUUAGAGAUGAUCUUGAAGUUGAUGAGAAACAAAAUAAAUGGUUGCAUUUUACUCAUGAGUUCACAAACUACGGACUCGGUGUCAAGAAAGUUUUAUUUCAACACAGUGGCAAAGACAAUUUAUUCUGGGCUGGGCACUACGGAAGCAAAAUGGCUGGAGCUUCUGUCGUUGUAAAAGUAAAUCCAAAGGCGUCGAACGCUUCAACGAAACGAAGAUCUAGCAUAGAGUUAGAUUCUAGUAUAGAGUUAGACUAGUACUAGUUGAUUUUAAAUUGUUUCCAUUUAAAAAUUUUAUUGCAUUUGGGCACCCCUUCUACCGCAAAAUUCGACGAAAAUAGGCGUGGUAUAUCCCUACUCUAUAAUCCAAGAUAUUAAAAUGUUCAAGAUAGACUACUAGGGUGAACUCAUCUUUACCUAAAGCUGCAUCACUAGCAAAAAAAAUUCUCUAGAUUACACAUGCACAUUAAAUGGAUCGGCUAACGAUUGUGGAUCGUCAUUAACUAAUUAUGUUAAUAAUAAUGUUAAAAAUCAUUAUGUUAAUAAUAUAUUUAAUUAAUAAAGUUUUUAUUGAUUUAUAAAUAAAUAAAGCUAUUGAUUAAUUGCUAAUGUUGCUGGCAACAUAAUUGAAAUUAUUUGUAAGCGUUCUGUACUUAAUUAUAAUGGCACUUUA